AUGCAUAGUCGGCGCUGUGACCGAUCCUGGCGAAGCACGCAACAGCAGAUGAGUGCAGCGCCUCCGGUGACGGUGUCCAUGGCAAGUGAUGCGAGCAGCACAACACCCACUGCUCAGCCUGAGCUCCCCAACUUGGUGGCACCGGCGGCAGGAUCAAGGCAGAUGGUCGAAGAACAGCCGGUCGCUGCUGUGGUUGGUGCCAUGGGUGCCAUUGGUGCCACGAGUCGGGGUGAUGCCAUGAGCUCUAACCACGGAGGAGGUUGGACAGCUGAGUCUGAGUCUGGUGCUCUAGCGAAUGGUGGUGCAACGUACUCGACGGCUGCACUGUCGAGUGGUUGCACUGCUGUUUCCGAGCAGCAUGGUGAGUCAGCGACGCCACUAGUGCUUCCAGGGACUCCUUCAGCAGAAACUGUUGAUCCCGUUAUGGAGGCUUGUGCAUUUGAUUUGGCAACUCUUGAUUGA